AUGGAUACUGACGGCAUGCACUGGCUUGGUCGCUAUGGCACCAAGUACCACAGGUGGCAACAGCUUCACAACUCGUCGGCAGAGACAUGGUACCGUCCCAUCGGCCUGGUCGAAGGCUUGUUCGACCGAGACGGUAUGCAUGGCGAAGGCACCGCGGACGUCAAUACUCUUCUCGGGGCGCAGCUUUCAACAGACAUGGAGCCAGAGGUUUUGCGGAGAAAAAUUCUGCUCGCGUGGACGGUCCUCAGGUUCCAGCACGUUUUACUCUCGGCACGAGCGCUUUGCAGAGAGGACUUUUUGCCGCGCGGCGCGGGCUCGCCGAAGGAUCGAUUCUUCGUCGUUGAGAGGCCUGGGAGGGUGGAUGAGAUGGUGGAGGAGGCAUCGCGGACGAUGGACUUUGUGCAAGAUCACUAUCAUGAGGUCGACGUCGACGAUUUCUACACCCAUGUCAUGAACACAGCGAGGGUCUUUGACAACAGCAAGAAUCUGGCUAGGCUCUUCAUACUACCGCUCAAAUCUGUGUCUGAUGGUCGGCUCCUCUUCCAGGCCAUCUCAGUCGUCGCCCAUGAGAUCGCAGACGCGCUGACUAUCUACCGCUGGCACGCUCAUUUCCUCAGCCUGCUCAACACGCCCAUAUCGGUGCUAGAAAAGCAAGCGGCACGGCUCUGCUUCGCAUCAUCAUCCGACCUCAGAAGCCGUCUCCCCCCCGCCCAAGAAGACCUCUACCCUCCCAUCACCGGCAACCGAGCGCGCCAACGCUGGUUCUGGGCCAUAUCCCGUAUCUUGCGACACGUCCGCCGUCCACCACCGCCGUCCUUCCCCAACCCACUGUGUCGCAAGACACGCCUCAAAAGCGCCGAAAGACUGCCACGUCACUACCCAGCAUUACUAGACUACAACAAAACCCCACCUGUGAAAACCUACUCGGUCACAGCGCCUCGCUCUCCCCCCGCGCAGCCUCACGAAUCCAGUCCCUCUGCCGCUCAGCCAACGUAUCCAUCGGCUCGGGCGCCUUCGCCCUUGUGGCGCUCGUCAUGA